AUGCAAAGUUUACAUAAGUGCAAGAUAACUUUGUUGACUUUAGUCCAGAUUUCAGUUGAUAAUGACUCAUAUCUUGAAAAGUCGCUUGUUAAAAACUUAGAUAUUUAUGUCGCAGCUGAUUUGCGUAAGACGCACACGCGUCUUGUGAUUUACGUACUACUGACAGAACUACAUACUAGUAGCUCUUUAAUAUUUUGCAAUCAUCCUCCCCUCGCUUCAGCAAUGUACCGACCUGAAUUCUUCGCGAAAUGUGAUUAUGAUGCUAUUUCAUUUGAUAUAUUUAUAUACCAGUAUUUUUUGUAUGCUAUAAAAACUCCAGUACUGGUAGUUUAUGUAAGUGUUCUAAAAACUGACUGCGUAGGCCGGAGUGUCAUUCUUUUAGACUGGUUUCCAUUUAUUUUGUACGUUGAAAAAUUAAGCUAUUUCUUAUAUAAAAUUUGUCUAGGUUUUUUGUGUAUUUAA